AUGGCAUUGAAACCUAUUGACAACGCUCUUCCACAGCCGCAAGAAACCGCCAAAUUUGGUGUAAAUGAAGAAAACAAGACAGCAUCAUUGCCUCCUCCUGCAGAUCCGAUCAUUGAUUAUAUCUCUUCUGAGAAUCUUGAACCCAUUUUAGAUCCUGAAUCCGAGAUCCAUGGUUUAGUGGAAGGGUUAGAUUCAAAGGAUUGGACAAAGGUUUGCGAGUCAUUGAAUAAUGUUAGGAGAUUUGCACUCUAUCAUUCGUUGCUCUUGCUGCCAAUCUUGGAAAAAGUAAUGUUAGUGGUGGUGAAAGCUAUGAAGAAUCCUAGAAGUGCUUUGUGCAAGACAUCUAUCAUGGCUUCAUCUGAUAUUUUCAAGGUCUUUGGUGACCAGUUACUUGACUCUACUAAUAAUGCAUUUGAUAACUUGCUGUUGCAACUACUACUGAAAGCUUCUCAAGACAAAAGGUUUGUGUGUGAAGAAGCAGAAAAAGCACUGAAUGCAAUGGUUGAAUCCAUGACUCCUCUGCCUUUGCUUAACAAGCUUAGGUCAUAUGUUAGCCAUGCCAACCCCAGAGUCAGGGCCAAAGCUGCCAUAACUAUCUCUAACUCUGUCUCCAAGAUGGGCCUGGAAGGAAUGAAUGAGUUUGGGUUGGUUUCUCUGGUUCAAAUGGCUGCAGAUUUGUUGAAUGAUAGGCUGCCUGAGGCAAGAGAAGCGGCAAGGAACAUUGUGACUUCUAUAUACGAAGCAUAUACCAGAAAUGAGGAGCAGAAGCAGGAGUCAUGGCAAAACUUUUGCCAAUCCAGUUUACCACCCAUUCAUGCCCAGUCUAUGGUCAAAAUUACUAGUUCUCAAUAA